GAGAGGAGGGCGGUGUCCCUGGGCCGCAGAACCAUGCCUUUCGGCCUGAAGCUUCGCAGGACUCGGCGCUACAAUGUCCUGAGCAAGAACUGCUUUGUUACCCGGAUCCGCCUGCUGGACAGCAAUGUCAUCGAGUGCACUCUGUCUGUGGAAAGCACUGGGCAGGAGUGCCUUGAGGCGGUGGCCCAGAGGCUGGAGCUGCGGGAGACAAACUAUUUCGGCCUUUGGUUCCUCAGCAAGAGCCAGCAAGCGAGAUGGGUGGAGCUGGAGAAGCCGCUCAAGAAACAUCUGGACAAACUUGCUAACGAGCCUCUGCUUUUCUUUGGAGUCAUGUUCUAUGUGCCGAAUGUGUCAUGGCUUCACCAGGAGGCCACAAGAUACCAGUAUUACCUGCAAGUAAAAAAGGAUGUGCUUGAAGGACGAUUACGGUGCACCCUGGAACAAGUGAUCCGGCUUGCUGGCUUAGCUGUGCAAGCGGAUUUUGGAGACUAUAACCAAUUUGAUUCCCAAGAAUUCCUCCGAGAAUAUGUCCUGUUUCCUAUGGAUUUGGCCCUCGAGGAGGCUGUUCUAGAGGAGCUGACCCAGAAGGUGGCCCAGGAGCACAAAGCACACAGUGGGAUCCUGCCAGCAGAAGCCGAGCUGAUGUACAUCAAUGAAGUGGAGCGUUUGGAUGGAUUUGGACAGGAGACCUUCCCGGUGAAGGACAAUCAUGGCAACAGCAUGCACCUUGGCAUUUUCUUUAUGGGGAUUUUUGUGAGGAGCAGGAUCGGAAGACAGGCAGUGAUCUACAGGUGGAAUGACAUCGGAAGUGUCACCCACAGCAAAUCAUCCAUCCUGCUGGAGCUGAUUGACAAGGAGGAGACUGCUCUCUUCCACACAGAUGACAUUGAAAAUGCCAAGUAUAUUUCUCGGUUAUUUACAACCCGGCACAAAUUUUACAAACAGAACAAGAUCUGCACUGAACAGUCAAAUUCUCCACCCCCAAUCAGACGACAGCCCACCUGGAGCCGGUCCUCCCUGCCAAGGCAGCAGCCGUACAUCCUGCCUCCCAUGCAUGUGCAGUGCAGUGAGCACUACUCGGAGACCCAUACUUCCCAAGACAGCAUUUUCCCUGGGAAUGAAGAAGCCUUGUAUUGCAAUUCUCACAACAGCCUGGACUUAAAUUACUUAAAUGGUACAGUCACCAAUGGCAGUGUGUGUAGUGUUCACAGCAUUAACUCCCUCAGCUGCUCCCAAAGCUUCAUCCAGGCCUCUCCAGUGUCCUCCAACCUCAGCAUCCCUGGGAGUGACAUCAUGAGGGCUGACUACAUCCCCAGCCACCGUCACAGCACCAUCAUCGUGCCAUCUUACAGGCCCACCCCCGAUUAUGAGACAGUCAUGCGGCAGAUGAAGAGGGGACUGAUGCAUGUGGACAGCCAGAGCAGGUCUCUGCGUAACCUCAGCAUCAUUAAUACCCACGCCUACAACCAGCCCGAGGAACUGGUGUACAGCCAGCCCGAGAUGCGGGAGAGACAUCCCUACACUGUCUCUUAUGCUCCCCAGGGGGGCUACGGCCACAAACUUGUUAACCCAUCUGACCAGAUGAACCCCAAGAAUUGUACAGUGCCUAGCCAGCCAGGGGCCAGCUCCAUCUCGCACACAGUGAGCACCCCAGAACUGGCCAACAUGCAGCUUCAAGGAACACAAAACUAUAGCACAGCCCACAUGCUCAAGAAUUGCCUCUUUAGGCCACCACCCCCUUACCCUCGGCCUCGUCCUGCCACCAGCACCCCAGACCUCGCCAGCCACCGCCACAAAUAUGUCAGCGGCAGCAGCCCCGAUCUGGUAACUCGGAAGGUCCAGCUGUCUGUGAAGACCUUCCAGGAGGACAGCUCUCCUGUGGUCCACCAGUCUUUACAGGAGGUGAGCGAACCCCUCACAGCCACCAAGCACCAUGGCACGGUGAACAAACGCCACAGCCUGGAGGUGAUGAACAGUAUGGUGCGAGGCAUGGAGGCCAUGACACUGAAAUCACUCAACAUCCCUGUGGCUCGGCGUAACACGCUUCGGGAGCAGGGCCCUUCUGAGGAGGCAGGUGGCCGUGAAGUGCACAGGCUUCCCCAGUAUCACCACAAGAAGACACUCUCAGAUGCUACCAUGCUCAUCCACAGCAGUGAAAGUGAGGAUGAGGAGGAGGCCCCUGAGGCGGUGCCUGCGAUCCCUGUGCUUCGGGAGAAGGUGGAAUACAGUGCCCAGCUGCAGGCUGCCCUGGCCCGCAUUCCCAACAGGCCCCCGCCUGAGUACCCAGGGCCCAGAAAAAGUGUCAGUAACGGGGCCCUGCGGCAGGACCAGGGGACCCUCCUUCCUGCCAUGGCCAGAGCCAGGGUGCUGAGACACGGGCCAUCCAAGGCCCUCAGUGUCUCCCGGACUGAGCAGCUGGCUGUCAACGGGGCCUCUCUGGGCCCCUCCAUCUCUGAGCCUGACCUCAGCAGCGUGAAGGAACGGGUCAAGAAAGAACCUGUGAAGGAAAGGCCUGUGUCAGAGAUGUUCUCACUGGAGGACAGCAUUAUAGAGAGAGAGAUGAUGACUAGGAAUCUAGAGAAGCAGAAGAUGGCAGGCCUGGACCCACAGAGGAGGCCACUGAUGCUGGCAGCGCUGAAUGGGCUCUCUGUGGCCCGCGUCCCGGGGCGGGAAGACAGUCGACAGGAUGCCACCCGAGUUCCCAUAGACGAGAGGCUCCGAGCUCUGAAGGAGAAGCUGGAAGAGGGAAUGGUGUUCACAGAGUAUGAGCAGAUCCCAAACAAAAAGGCCAAUGGUAUCGUCAGCACUGCCACGCUGCCAGAAAACGCUGAGCGCAGCCGUAUCCGAGAGGUUGUGCCUUAUGAGGAGAACCGGGUGGAACUCAUCCCCACCAAAGAGAACAACACAGGCUACAUCAACGCCUCCCACAUCAAGGUGGUGGUUGGUGGGGCAGAAUGGCACUACAUUGCCACUCAGGGGCCCUUGCCUCAUACCUGCCAUGACUUCUGGCAGAUGGUGUGGGAGCAGGGGGUGAACGUGAUUGCCAUGGUCACCGCAGAGGAGGAGGGUGGAAGGACCAAAAGCCAUCGAUACUGGCCCAAACUGGGGUCCAAGCACAGCUCGGCCACCUAUGGCAAGUUCAAGGUCACCACAAAGUUCCGAACAGACUCUGGUUGUUAUGCAACCACGGGGUUAAAGGUCAAGCACCUGCUGUCCGGCCAGGAGAGGACCGUGUGGCACUUGCAGUACACUGACUGGCCCCACCAUGGCUGCCCAGAGGACGUCCAAGGAUUUCUGUCCUACUUGGAGGAAAUCCAAUCGGUCAGGCGUCACACCAACAGCGUGCUGGAAGGCAUCAAGACCAGGCACCCACCCAUCGUGGUCCACUGCAGCGCAGGGGUGGGAAGGACCGGUGUCGUCAUUCUGUCUGAGCUCAUGAUCUACUGCCUGGAGCAUAACGAAAAGGUGGAGGUGCCCACGAUGCUGAGGUUCCUCCGGGAGCAGAGGAUGUUCAUGAUCCAGACUAUCGCACAGUACAAGUUCGUCUACCAAGUCCUCGUCCAGUUCCUGCAGAACUCCAGGCUCAUUUGAUUUCCCAGAUGCAGCUUCAGGAAGAGGGACCCGCUCCAUCCUGCAGGGGGCGCCACUUCCAGACAACAUCUGCCUCCCCAGAUGGAGGCAGAUGGCUGGCAGCGGGCAAGAGCCCAGAGUUACUUACAACCAUCCUGUAUUAUUUUAUAUGAGAUAAUUUAUUUUUCCACCUUUGGAAUGAGUUUUGUGAGUUGUUAUAAUGCAUUUUUUUCACAAUAAUAUAGUGCUUCUCAUUUGAACCACAUGUUGACUGAUCUGCAUGUAAGCCUCCGGGAGGGAAAGUGGUGACCCCAGGGUAAGUUACAGGCACAGAGGCAUAAGGGAACACAUCUCUAGUGAAGUUGCAGACGAAUUGGUAACGCCCCCAGUCAAAAGUGGCAAGAGAAAGAACUCAUUCUCAACUGGAAGGUCCUGGCAGGUAUUCCCUUAAACACUGGAUUCGUGUGCCUAGCUGGA